AUGGCUCUCGCUGGCAAAGUAGCUCUUAUCGUCGGCGGUGUUAAGAACCUUGGAGCCCAGUGUGCUCUUGAGCUCGCCAGCGUGGGGGCCAAUCUUGCUCUGCACUAUCACUCUGCCUCUGGCAAGAAAGACGCAACUGCUCUUGAAGCCGAAUUGAAGCAAAAGAACCCUUCGAUUAAGGUGGCCUUCUACCAGGGCGAUCUGACUGCUGCACCUGCGGUGACGAAGUUGUUUCAAGAAGUCGUCCGCGACUUUGGCCAUGUGGACAUUGUGGUGAACACCGCUGGCAAGGUGUUGAAGAAGCCCAUCACCGAGAUCAGUGAGGAAGAAUAUGAUAGCAUGUUUGCGAUUAACUCGAAAACUGCUUUCUUUGUGCUGAAGGAGGCCGCACUCCAUGUAACCGACGGUGGAAAGAUCAUCAGCAUUGUCACCGCGCUUCUAGGCGCGUUUACCGGCUACUACACGUCCUACGCCGGCAGCAAAGCUCCAGUGGAGCACUUCACUCGUGGUGUUUGCAAAGAGCUUCAGUCACGCAAAAUCAGUGUGAACAACAUCGCCCCGGGACCAAUGGACACACCGUUUUUCUAUCCCCAGGAAUCUCCCGAGGCUGUGGAGUUCCACAAAUCGAAUGGUAUGGGUGGUCGCCUGACCGACAUCAAGGACAUUGCCCCCAUCGUCCGCUUCCUUUGCACGGACGGUGCCUGGAUUACUGGACAAACCCUUUUCGCCAACGGUGGAUAUACUACCCGCUAA